AGCGUAAGUCUGCGUAUGUGUGUUGACAAUAGUAUUUUGUUUAGUUUACAAUUGUAUAUAUUCUUGUAAUUGUUAUUAAAGAAAUAAGUGGUUCAUCGAAAUUAAAACAAUUGAAAAGAUGCGUAAUUUUGCAAAACAACAGUCGCAAGAUACUACGGAUACCAGCAUUGAAAAAGGCGAAUAUCCGCGAGCUUCAAAUGGCGUUGUAAUUGGCGGUGUGGUCACUUUUGUGGCCUACUUCUUUCUCAUGAUGGCGUUUUGUUCACCGUACUGGAUUGAGUCUUAUGAGGAAACACACAGCAGCUUCAAGAAUAUGGGCUUAUGGGAAUAUUGUUUUAAGAAUUUUGUAUAUCCAUAUUAUCAAUUUCCACGACAAUUCAAUGGUUGCCACAAUAUUUUCAGUCACGAAUAUUAUGUUAUCAGAGAGUAUUUGCUACCAGGUUGGCUAAUGGCUGUUCAGGCAUGUGUUACUUUGGCUUUUCUUUUAACAUUUACGGCCUUAGCCAUAUUAGCACUUGUUGUCAUACGUUUGCCAUUAAAAGGUGUGCUACAAUAUGAAUGGUUGAUGAUACGAAUCGCUUAUCUAUGUACGGCCAGUUCUUCAUUGUUACUUUUUAUUGGAGUAUGCAUUUUCGGUGGUUGUGCCUACCGUCGUGAUUGGCUUAUGUAUCCCAAAUUUAAUGUACUCGGCUGGUCUUAUGCAGUAGCUGUUGUAUCUUUCAUAGCACUCGGUUUGGGCGCUUUGAUUUUACAUCGGGAGGCACGCCAUGCUUAUGAUUUACGUGGAGAACAGAAAAACUUGGUUAUGCAAAUGGAAAUGCAAGAACCUGGCUAUCAACCACCUAGACAUCAUCACAGUACCUCUCGCAGUCUACAUGGCUACAUAUAAGAUGGAAAAGACGACUAUAGUUUGUCUCUAACGAGCCUCGUAUAAAUGGGGUGUCAUUUUACAAUUUACCAAGAAUAUUCCAUUUUACGACUUUCUACUAGAUUUUAAGUGAGUGUUCACAAAUUUAAUACGAUUUUUUUUUUGGUUUUUCCUGCACCUUUGCGUGAAUUAAAUUUGAAACUUACCGUCCGGUGUCGUUUGUGUGUACCAAAACUACACAUCGAUAAGGAUAUAUUUUGAAGUUUGGAUUAAGAGAAGUCAAACGAUAAAGUGCCUUAGUUUUAUAGUUGAAUUGAUUUGUAGUUAAUCACUACAGAAAUUAACUAUGUACACUAUGCUAUACAUAUCUAUAUACAUACAUAUAAAAAAAACACAUUUUGUAUUUGUACGUCGAAUAUUUACAAAAAACGACCAACAAAAAUUACAAUAUCAGUAAUUAACUAUCCGUCCAAAUUUUUAUACAUCCACAUUUGUAAUACAUAAAAAUAAUAUAAAUAAAUAAAAUUGUAUUUUAGUUUAUAGUGCAA